AUGGACAAGCUGACCUCCUUGCCCAACAUUGGUGUGGCCAAUGCGCAACACGCUCUGGGCAAGGCCUACCUGGACGGCCUCUUUGGCGAAAAGAGCCUCGAGAAGGCCCUGGCGCUCAUCACACGCGCGGCUGACGCCAAUUACGCUCCGGCCCUCAACUCGCUGGGUGCCCUCUACGAAAGUGGCCGCCAUGGAGAAGCCAAGAACGAGAAGCAGGCGCAUGAGUACUACCUGGCCGCGGCCGCUCGCGGCGAAACGGUGGCGAUGCUCAACCUGGCCUGUCUCUACGCCCGCGGCGCUCUGGGCGUGCCGCAGGAUUUGACCAAGGCCAAGACGUGGGCCAGCCGAUCCGUCGAAAACGGGAACUGGGCCGCCCGAAGCAUCAUGCUUGGCAUGGCGAACUGGAGGAACAGCAAUGGCGUGCCCAUGGAUGCCCAAAGGAUGGAGCUGGCAAUGUGGUUCAUGCACAAGGUCUUUAAUGACAUGGCCAUCUAUUACAUCAUAUCACCCACACUGGCCAUUUUGUGA